AUGGUUUUUGACAGUUGAUAGGUGAGCGAUAGUGCUGCUGCUUUGCUUUUUAAAUAUAUACAACAACUAUGAGAAACGUAAGAAAUUGCCAAAGUCUCCUAAGACGUUGCUACACUCAAGCUACCGGCGUCAAGACUCCCGGUGCCUCAUCUGGCCCCUCCACUAGCAAUGUCAAGGGUUUGUCCAGCAACUGCGUUAAACCUGUAAGCGAACCCGUUGGUCCCGGAGCCUCCGCCAAUGGUCAGUACAAAGUACCCGAAUACUUCUGUUUCAAUCGUUUCAGCUAUGCUGAGGCUGAAAUCGAAAUGGCUAAAUAUCGUUGCCCCCAACCUUCGGCUUUGAAAAAGUAAAUGUGUACGUUUGAAAUAAUAAAAUUGUUGUUGUAAAAUAAAUUUAAUUACAAAAUGAUA